UGUAUCUACCCAAAUAUGUUUAUAAGGUGAGCCUCCUUAAUUUCUCUGGCUACCAAAGAAUCUAAGGAGAUCUAGCAAUGAAGGUUUCAUUUGUGUUUUUUGCUUGUUUAGAGCUUGCACUGCUGGUUCUAGGACAAGAUCAAUCAGGAUUCAUAAGCAUAGAUUGUGGGAUACCUGAAGGUUCCAACUAUACUGAUGCGACAACAGGCAUGUAUUACAGCUCAGAUGAAAGUUUCACAGACAGUGGUUCUGGCAAGACAAUAUCCACCGAUUAUAUGACUAAUUCACUUGAAAAACAGCUCCAGAAUGUUAGAAGCUUUCCCGAAGGAAUUAGAAACUGUUACACUCUUACACCUGAACAAGGAAGAGGUAAUAAGUAUUUGAUAAGAGCAAGUUUUCUGUAUGGAAAUUAUGAUGCCAAAAGCGAACCACCACAAUUCCAUCUGUACAUUGGAGCUGAUUUCUGGGACACAGUAACACUCGAAGAUCAAACAACUGUUGUUCGUAAAGAGAUCAUACAUGUCCUCCUUACAGAUUAUACAUAUAUCUGUCUUGUAAACAAUGGCCUUGGAACGCCUUUCAUCUCAGUAUUAGAGUUAAGGCCUCUCAAUAAUUCUAUGUAUGAAACUAAAUCUGGAUCGUUGAAAUUUUAUGGGCGUUAUGAUUUGGGACCAACAUCCAAUGGAUUAGUCAGGUACAAAGAUGAUGUUUAUGAUCGGAUAUGGUAUCCCAUUGACUUCAAUUUCCGUAACACAUUAAGUACCUUGUCUGAGGUUUACUCCCAGAAUUCCAUAUACAAAACACCAUCUAAAGUUUUGAGCACCGCCAUCACGUCAGACUCUAACGAUUCCAUGUCCUUCUCGUGGCCUAACAAUUCCACCUACGAAUUUUAUAUUUACUUGUACUUUGCUGAAAUUGAACUGCUGAAAGGAAACCAGUCCAGAGAAUUCUACAUAUAUUUGAAUGGGGACCUAUGGUUUGAUGAACCUGUUGUUCCCCUUUACUUAUCCUCCGAUAUCAUAUACAGCACUUCUUCUGUGAGUUAUCCAAAGUUUGAUUUCUCAUUCAACAAGACCAGUAAAUCAACCCAUCCACCCAUCCUCAAUGCCAUGGAGCUUUAUACUGUAAAACAGUUCUCAAACAUUCACACAGAUGACAGAGAUGCUGCUGCGAUUAUAAGCAUCAAGUCGAUGUAUGGGGUGUCAAAGAACUGGCAAGGAGAUCCAUGUGCCCCUGAAGAUUACAUUUGGUUCGGCCUCAACUGCAGCUACGUUGGCAUCAAACCCCCUAGGAUCAUAUCCUUGAACUUGUCCGCGAGUAAUUUGACAGGAGAGGUAGCUCCUUACAUAUCCGAUCUCACACUGAUACAAUCCUUGGAUUUGUCCAACAACAAUUUAACUGGACAGGUGCCUGCAUUUCUAUCGCGAUUGCCUUCCUUGAAAGUCUUAAACUUGAAAGGAAACAACUUCACAGGGCCAAUUCCAGCAGAACUUAUUAUGAGGUCAAAUAAUGGAUCACUAUCAAUGAGUAUCGACGAAAGUGAAGGAGAAAAUGCAAAUCCUUCUCAGCCUAUUCCACCCAAAAAGAAAAAGAACAAAAUUGUUCCGGUGCUUGCAGCCAUUACUGCCGUCCUGCUCUUAGCUGCAAUAAUGGCAGUCUUAUGGAUUGUUACAAAGAGAAAACAACAAGUAGUAGUCAGGGAGGAGGAUGCUGAAACAAAGCAAAGAGAGAGGUCAUUGGAGGUCAAAAGUUGCAGGUUAACAUACUCUGAGGUUAUGAAUGCUACCAACAAUUUCCGUAGGGUUAUUGGAAAAGGAGGAUUUGGAACAGUUUACCAUGGCUAUUUAGGUAACCAUCAGGUUGCUGUAAAGAUGCUUGCUCCAUCAUCAAUUCAAGGAUACAAGGAAUUCCAAGCCGAGGCCGACCUUCUCACGAGCGUACGCCAUAAGAACUUGACUUCUCUUGUUGGUUACUGCAAAGAAGGCACCAAUAUGGCAAUCAUCUAUGAGUAUAUGGCUAAUGGAAACUUAAAGAGGCAUCUCUUAGAUAGAAAUUUGAAUGUUUUGGGUUGGGAAGAGAGGCUUCGAAUAGCAAUGGAUGCAGCACAAGGACUGGAGUAUCUGCACCAUGGUUGUAAACCACCAAUAAUCCAUAGAGAUGUGAAGACUACCAAUAUCUUAUUGAACGAAAAUUUUCAAGCCAAACUUUCUGAUUUCGGGUUGUCCAGAGUUUUCCCAACUGAAGGUGGCAGUCAUGUAUCCACAAUUGUUGCUGGUUCUCCAGGAUACCUUGAUCCUGAAUAUUGUACAUCAAAUAGGUUGAGAGAGAAAAGCGAUGUGUAUAGCUUUGGAAUUGUCCUCUUGGAGACGAUUACAAGCCGACCUCCAAUACCGGAAGGCCAUGACGAUACUCACAUUAUCCAAUGGGUUAGUUCUAAGCUUGCAAAUGGGGAUAUUAAAAGUAUUGUUGAUCCCAGAUUGCAUAGAGAUUUCAAUGUGAAUUCUGUUUGGAAAGCUGUAGAAUUAGCAAUGUCCUGUGUAUCACGCAAUCCCACUCGAAGGCCAACCAUGAAUUAUGUGGUGAUGGAAUUAAGGGAGUGUUUGCGACAGAGAUAGCACGCCAUCACCAUGAGACUGCAAAAGACUCAGUUACUGAAGUAAUGCCUAUGAUUAUGAAUCAGGAAAGUGAACUUAAUCUCCCAGCAAUUCGAUAGCUCUACAACUGAGUGUUGAUACUUCACUCCAUGUUUGUACUUUAGUCUCUUUAAAUUAAAAUAAACAACUUUGAAUUUCACAUGCUAAAUUUCCUCACC